AUGGUAUCGAAGACAAUGAAAGCAAUCGGAGUUGCCAAGUAUGGCGCGAUCGACAAUUUGGAGUCGCGCGACGUUCCGCGACCGGAGAGGCCCACGGGAAUGGACAUGCUUAUCGAGCACGUAGCCAAAGCAUGCUCAGUGAAUCCCAUUGACACCAAAGUUCGCAACGGCACCUAUGACGACGCUCCAGGUACAAAUUCUCCACCCGCUAGAAAGGUCUGGUACUCAUCAAUUACUUUUGUGCAAGAUUACUACAAGUAUGUGCCGAAUGAUUUUCAUAUCAUUGGAUUUGAUGGUGCCGGAACCGUCUUAGAAAUCGGCACCGAAUGCACAAAUUCCAAACCGGGCGAUGAUAUCUUCUUCGUGGGCUCUACAACGCGUCAAUGCAGCAAUGCAGAGUACAUCCUUGUCAACAAACGUCUCUGUGCUAAGAAACCGAAGUCACUUGACUUUGUGGAAGCCGCCAGUAUGGGCCUUACGUUCGGUACUACCUUCCAGUCACUUGUCCAUAGGCUGGAAAUCAAGCAGAAUGAGAACGCUGGUAUUCUGAUUAUGGGUGCCACCCAUGUCGUGAAUCAUAAGGCAGACCUCGAGUCCCAGAUCAAAGCUUUGAAGUUGGACGUUCCAAUCAAGUAUGUUUAUGUCGUCGCAAGAACAGAGCAAUAUAUUCAUGCCGUCAGAAAGAUAUGUGCACCCUUCGCCAAGGUGUGCUCAAUCGUGCAAGCAAAGUUUGAUCUCUAUGGGACUGAGUGGAUGUCAAAGUUGAUGACCUUCUCAUGGGACUGGCUCGGCACAUCAGCAUGUCAUCAUACAGACACAGAGAAGUAUCAGCAGGUUCUUGCGAACUUGACCCGCUAUAUAGAAGACGGAAAGUUGGUGCCAAAUCUCAAUAGAUGUCUGAAGUUGAACCUGGCUGGGCUGAAGGAAGCUCAUCGGUUGAUCGAGUCUGCGACCACUGUAGGAAAGCUGUCUCUGGGGGUAGACGAAGCGAGUGAAGGAGCUACAUUCGUUUGA